AUGGAGACUACAACAACAGCAUCAGGUCAGCCCAUCGUUGACCGCGAAAAGACCGUGCCUUUUCUCGUUCGCGCGUUCAUCAAAGUAGGCGGCUUCCAUCGCCUCAACCAGUUUGAAGAGGGCCCGCUUCCUAUUGCCGACGAGCAGCAGAUCUUCACAUGGAAGGAUGCUACUCUGUCAGAAAUAAUCACCUCCCUUCGUAGUAUUGCCCCCCAGACAGCCGAGUACCGGCACCCGCUCGCGCGAUUCUCCUUUCGCGCCAUCUUUGCUGACUCUGCAAGCCGCGGUCGGUAUGCUCAAAAGGAUCUCGGCAUGGUGUACUCUCGCGACAUCCUCGGCGAACCUGGUACUCUCGACACGCCUGCCCCACGCCUGCUUGAGGACGCAGAAGACGACCCAUCAAAACAAAAGGAAGCACGCACUCUGGAAGAGCUCCGACUCGUUCCAGGAGAUUAUCUCUGCAUCGCCGUCUACCUUCCCAAGAGUGUGACAGCCGCUCCGGGACCCAAUGUUGAACUAUCCAUAAAGGGAAGUAGUGCGGCCGCAGGUGGAGCUAAUGGAUGGAAGAUCUCUGGUCCUCUGGGUCCGGGAAGAGAUGGUGAUGGAUUCGGUCCAGGCUCUGGUGCCGGCCGAGGAGCAGGUGGUCAUUGGCGUGGUGGGUCAGAAGCACCCAGAGGGCGUGGAGGACGAGGUGGCGAUAUUGGGGACCGAGACCGUCGACCUUUGCCAGCCAGGAGACGGCGAGACACUCCGCCAAGGAAUAGCGGGUGGGACGACGUAGGUCGCGAUGCGUACAGGGAUAGGUCGCGCUCGAGAUCUCGGUCACCGCCGAGAAGGAGAAGAUGA